AAUCUCCCCCUUUGUUAGCUGAAAAAUCGGGUAUUAGGCCGCUUUCACACUACAGGUAUCAUCCUGCUUCUUUACAAUAACGGAUGGAAAAAAUACGGAUGUAAUAACGGAUGAUAACUGAUGACCAUCAUCUGUUAUUUUUAAUGUUUUUUUUCUUUAAAAAAAACCUGAUGUUGUUCAUCUGUUAUCCGUUAUUACCAGUUACAUCCAUUUUUUAAAUCAGAUUUUUAACCUUUUUUUGUAAAAAAAUGGAUGUUAAAAAAAACCUGACAAUAACUGAUAACGGAUAUUUUUUUUUUUUUUAACAUCCGGUUCCCAUAAACUUCAAUGUUAAAUUUUAACGUCCGGUUUUUUGCAAUUUUUUUUGCCGGACCAAAAAUUUGUGCAUGCACCGUCUUUUGUGCCUGCAAAAGUAACGGACAUUAGUAAAAACGGACAUGCCUGAUACAAAAGAAUGUACAAAAAAUCCCAUUGACAUGAAUGUGAUUUUUUGACGCCCAUUUUCAGGACUUUUUGCCGGGAGUAAUAACGGAGGUUUUUUACAGUAUGAUACCUGUAGUGUGAAAGGGGCCUAAGGCAGUGUUCACACAUAGUAUUUUGGUCAGUAUUUUGCUCAGAAUUUGUAACCAUAACAAGGAAAAAAAAUUCUAAAAGAAAUAUAUGUACCUUUUUGUGUCGGUUCCACUCCUGUUUUUUUUGUUAAAAAUACUGAACAAAAUACUGACUAAAAUACUAUAUGUAAACAUAAACUGAAGGAGUCCUUGUAACGCACAUCUAACCACUAGAAACAUACUUUGCCAUACAGAUAUGCUACUGAGGAGAAUGUCCGCUUUUACCAUAGACAUUACGCAUGGUGUGUGAUCAGCCACGAUGAGGUGUCCAGGACUUGCUAUAGUGUUUGUCAGUAAGGGGUUGGGAAAGGGAGGAAGAUUCUUUGCUGACACAGAGGGGGAUGUUACAUUCCUGUAUAGAGUGCAGUGAGUGAGGUGUGAGACUGGCUGAAUGCAAGGAAACAGCUUGUGUAUGUUGUUCCUGGAGAGAUCUGGCCGCUUGCAAGGUGCAGGAUCAGGUGUGAGGGAUCUGCAGAACAUAUACAGGUGUGAAGGAGCCUGCAAGGAAAUACCAAGACGACAAACUCCGCAAGUGACCAAGGGACAAAAGAAUAUUGUACAGAACAGGGACAGAGUGACAGCAGGAUAAGAGUAUUAGGUCACAGGGCGGAGUAGAGAGGUAAGCAGGGACAGGUAGGAGUGCUGAGGUAAUGGCAGGGUGGGGCAUGGAGGCAGAGACAGGCUGAGAGCGUGGAGAGAAGGCCAGUGACAGGCAAACAGACUUUAUAGGAGAGAUCUGCUUAGAUAGGUGGAGGCGAGUGCCACGUACAGUGCACAGGUGGGGUGCCUCAGGUGAGCCAGACACUGAGUAUAGCCAGGUUUACAGCGUGGGAGAUUGCACUUCCACCCUCAAAGCUUGAAAAUGCAGGACGGUCACUUCCUUAUGUCGGCCCUGCAGCCUAACACCGAUAUCACCUCACUGGCGCUGCCUACGGACUCGCAACUGGACCGGAGACUGCGGGAUGAGAGCCUGGAGCUGCGCAAUGCUCGAGUACAGGAACAGGUCCGGGCACGGAUGAUGCAAAAGGGACACAGCUCAUCGAGAAGCGUCUCCAAUUAUGGAGAGAGUUACUCCUCCUCCUCUCGAUCCCAGUACGGUACUGUGCCAAAUACCUACAGCUCCCGCUCCCAGGUCCUCGGCAAUGAUCAAAGGAUAUCUUCUGCAAGAUCUUCCACUGGGUACGGAACAAUGGGAGGGAUGCGUUCAGGCUACUCUUCCCGAUCUGCUGUGGAUGUUGGGGCAGCACAAAGAAUCAGUGUACCUCCACCACAACAACAACAACAACAGCAACGUCAAUACUCUACCUAUCGUCCAACUUCCUACCAUGAACGAGUGUAUCCAAGCAAAAGGGAAUAUGAUACUAUGUCUUUAAGGUCUUUGCGUAUUGGAGAUGGUGACGAGAGAUAUGACCAGGGUUCUUCUUCUAAUUCAGCCUUUUAUACACGCCAAAUGUCUUCUGCAAGUGCCGGGCCUGCACUACAAAGGUCUCUAUCUGGAAAUAUUCUCCAAGAUGGUGGCCCCACGUGGGUUGAACGAGCAGAGGUGGCACAGACUCGCACAAUCCGAGCACCUGCAAUGCGUACCUUACAACGCUUUCAAAGUUCCAACCGUGCCCGCGUGGCAUCUGGUUCUUAUGGCACUUUGGCUUCCGUUACCCCACAGCAAGUUCAGCAGCAACAAAAUGUUGUAGGCUCCAGUUAUGUAACCAAUGUCAUGGAACAAACCUCUCGAGCUCCUUCCGUGCGCAGCCUGGGAGAGUCUAUGCACCAAGUGCAAGAAAUAAGGGGCAUGGAUGUCUUUGAUGGAAACAAGAGUUUGAUGAGUCAGCAUUCUUUUACAAGCGGGUUUGAUGACAUGAACAUGCCAACUGCUGUGAAAUAUCUGGUGGCUGAUGAUGACCCAAGCCUACAGGUCAUUGGAGCAGCUUACAUACAGCACCGAUGCUACAGUGAUGCAGAAGCCAAAAAGCAGGCUCGAAGCUUGCAAGCUAUACCACGACUAGUGAAGCUUUUUAAUAGCUCCAACCAAGAGGUACAGCGUCAUGCCACUGGAGCCAUGCGGAACCUUAUCUAUGACAGCGCUGAUAAUAAGAUCGCCCUUGUGGAAGAAAAUGGUGUGCAAGAGCUGCUACGAACACUGAGAGAACCAGACGAUGAACUGAGGAAAAACGUAACAGGAAUUUUGUGGAAUUUGUCAUCAAGUGAUAACUUGAAAUCUAGGCUGGCACGGGAUACUCUGGAGCCCUUAACUGCCCGUGUGCUGGCUCCACUAUCUGGUUCUUCAGGAUCUGCUCUUAUCCAACAGAAUGCAUCAGAAGCUGAAAUAUUUUACAAUGCUACUGGCUUCCUCAGGAACCUGAGUUCCGCUAGUGAGGACACACGUCAGAAAAUGCGUGACUCCAAUGGUCUGCUGGAAGCCUUGGUUGGCUACACAAAUCAGGCAUUACAGACUGGAAAAUGUGAAGACAAGAGUGUGGAAAAUGCAGUGUGUGUACUGAGGAACCUGUCCUACCGACUUUAUGAUGAAAUGCCACCAUCUUAUCUGCAAAGGCUAGAAGGAAGCCAGCGGGGACGGAUUACAGCUGGAGACGCUGUGGGCUGUUUUACCCCUCAGAGUCGCAAACUUAAAGAGCAGCAGGGUACAGACCUUGCAACCUUUGCAGAGAUCUCUAGGGAUCCAAAGGGAAUGGAGAUACUGUGGCACCCACAGAUAGUCAACCUGUACAACCGGCUACUGCAGCAGUGUGAACUGAACCGGCACACCACAGAAGCAGCCGCGGGGGCCCUACAGAACAUCACUGCUGGAGACCGCAGGUGGGCGGCUGUUCUGAGCCAGGUGGCAUUGGAACAGGAACGCAUUUUAAACCCGGUUUUGGAUCGCUUGAGGACUGCAGAUCACAGCCAACUACGUUCCCUGACAGGCCUUAUCCGCAACCUGUCUAGACACGCUAAAAACAAGGAUGAGAUGUCCACCAAACUUGUGAGCCACCUUCUCGAGAAGCUUCCUGGUGAGAGCACAGACAAGAGCCCUCCUGCUGAGGUCAUAGUGAACAUAAUCGCUGUGCUCAAUAACCUUACUGUAGCUGGACCCCUGGCGGCCCGAGAUAUUGUAUACUUCAAUGGGCUGAACAAAUUGAUGUACAUAAAGAAGAAGCGAGAUGGCCCAGACAGUGAGAAGUCUUCCCGGGCUGCUUCCAGUCUUCUAACAAAUAUGUGGCAGUACAGCAAGCUGCAUCGGGACUUUAAGGCAAAGGGAUACCGGAAGGAAGACUUCCUUAGCCCAUGAGGUGUUCUCCGCCAACACUAGUGCCUACUUCCUUCUCCUCAGAAGAUCACUGAGAUAGCACUGAAUCACUGAGUACUUCCCCUACCACGCGUACAUAUUGGCACUCUAAGUACAACAAAGCAGUGUUUGUGGGGGCAGUGAAUGUAUCUAGAUAGGGGGUAAAUAAAAGUAAAACAAUAGGUAGUUAAGUGCAUUAGUAUGCUUUUAUUUUGUAUAAAAAAAAAUUAAAAAAUUAAACAAAUGAAAAUGAAUGUAUGUAAAAGAUAGACAUGACCUUUUGGGUGUGUUCGGGUUUGUAUAUUUAAUAUAGGUAUGUGAACACGUACUAUUGAGCAGUAACUCCUUUAGCUAAUGUGGAACUCACAAACUCCAACUCAAUGCUUGCUGAUCUAUAGUUUUCUUUAUGUAACUAUCUGUGCCUCAGGGCUAGACAAGACCAGCUUUCCUGACAUGUCUGAUUUAGUAAAUAUAUGUAUUCCCCAUUAAAAAAAAUAAAAAAAUUAUCCUUGUUACCCCCCCCUGGAAAAGUAUGAAUUGAUUAACAACUUUCCUACUGUUAGGUGGGUCCCUAUACACUGACACUGUCCAAUCAGUGUUGAUCGAGUGUACAGACUCACCCUAUAGACGAGGAGAAUGGUGAUGCCCAGUUGUCAACUUAUUCAUACAUUUCCUAGAGGAAUAGGGGAGGAAUGUCACAAUGCAGUAUUCUAAGAAAAGAUGCUCUACAAUUGCUUCUUAGACAUAUCGGGAUAGAUGAUAGAUCUGAUGUUAAGACAGUGUCCUGCUGAAAUAAAUAAUAAAAAAAAUCAGGUUAAUAUAAGUCCUUGAGUUGACCUCUUAAACUCUGGUCAGUUAGCUGCUUUUUUUAGUUACAUAUGGUUCUAGGGAAAGCCAAAUAAACAUGGGUUAUAUCCAGGGGUCAAGUCCUGGGGAAAAAAAGUGUGGGAACUAGCCCAAGAUUUCCACUCAAGGGCUGAUCCUGCUAAUGGGAACGGUGUUCCUGCUGUGGAAAAAGGGCAGGAACUUAGUUCCCACGCGUCCCUGCAGGACUUGAGCCCUGGUCAUAUCCUGGCAAAUCUAGACUUACAUUGACUAGUAAAGUUGGUUGACAACCAUGUGAAAUGUAACGGAGGCCAAAUUGGUUGUCACUUAUCUUGCCCAGCACUGCAUAUUAAUGCUUUUUAAUGCCCUGGAAGUUGUUUCCAGGAUCCAUGUGCCUCCUAUCUUCUUGAUAAUAUUUUAAGUAAAUACUAUAAAAUGCUCAGGUGGGUGCGGGCAAUAAAUUCCCAGGAUGAAUGUUGGUAGAUGUGUGUAUGGCGUGGGCGGCUGUGGGUAGAUUGAGUGCCAUUGCAAAUGAGGAUAUAUUGUGUAGUUUCUUUUGCUGUUUUUUUUUUUUUUUUUUUUUAUGUCAGGAGUGAGUUCUUGGUCGUUCUUACAUCCUUGACUUGCUCCGAUGUGCCUUAUUGCUUUCUGCAGCAUCCUUGUAAAAUACAGCACAGUGUUCCGGUAAACAAUAAAAAUUUU